CGUACUUCGUUGGAAAACGCAAUCAGCAAUAGUGAUCAGUAGUAGUGCGUCUUCCGCGAAUCAACCAUGAAGCAUACCUCUAGCAAAUCUAUCGUAGAAGUUUACAGACAAGAUAACGAUUAUAGUCUUCAAUUGAAUCGUUGGUUCUUGAAAUCAAUAGGAGCUUGGCCCGAAUCGACGAAUUCGAUGAUCAAAAAUAUUCUGAUAAAAAUUCUGCAAUUAACAUGUCAUUCUUUAAUAGCUUUCACCGUAAUACCUUCUAUACUAUAUAUUCUCUUCGAAGAGAAAGAUAUCCGCCUAAAGCUCAAAGCUAUAGGACCAACGAGUCAUUGUCUCAUGGGUGGUAUCAAUUAUUGUUCGCUUUUGCAUCAUAAUGAUCGGAUACGGAAAUCUGUCGAACAUAUGGAGAGCGAUUGGCGUAUGAUGAAGAAAAAGCAAGAUCGAGAAGUGAUGCUGAAGAAUGCAAGAGUAGGUCGUGUUAUAGCGGGUAUUUGCGCACUGAUCAUGCAGGGUGGUGUUCUUUGUUACAACAUAGCGAGAGGAAUGUCACGGAUAAUCGUGAUCGUCGGCAACAAGACAAUUACAACGGGUCGCUUACCAUGUCCGUCUUUCAAUAAAAUUGUGGAUACUAGAAUCAGUCCAAUAUAUGAAGUUGUACUUGUGUUGCAAUGUCUCUCCACCUUCGUAGUGAAUAAUGUCACAAUUAGUGCAUGUGGUCUCGCCGCUGUCUUCGCAAUGCAUGCUUCCGGUCAACUUGAUAUAGUAAUGUUACGUCUCGAAGAACUAGUCGAUAAGAAACAAGAGCUAACAUUGGCGAAUGUCGUAGAGCAUCAUUUGCGAGCGUUGAAAUUUCUUUCACGUAUGGAGGCAAUUUUGCGACAGAUAUGUUUUGUAGAAUUAGUUGGGUGUACAUUUAAUUUAUGUAUGUUAGGAUAUUAUACCAUUACGGAAUGGUAUGAAGAAAGUAUGAAUACUAUAAUAACAUAUAUCAUGGUACUCACAUCGAUGAUGUUCAAUAUUUUCAUAUUUUGCUUCAUUGGUGAACUUGUAGCAAACCAGUGUAAAAAAGUUGGUGAAGCAGCUUAUAUGAUCAAUUGGUAUUAUUUACCGCAUAAAACUGUCCUUGGUCUAAUUUUAAUAAUUUUGCGAUCAAGAAUUGUAAUCAAAAUUACGGCUGGAAAAAUAUUUCAUAUGUCUAUUGCAACUUUCGGUGUCGUAAUUAAAACAUCUGUUACAUACCUAAAUAUGCUUCGAACUUUAACUAUGUAAAUAUUGCAUGAG